UUCAUACGUUUGGGGCAGCUCCGGUAACAUUUUAGUUCACUGUCUACCGUUGUUCAGUCUACAUCAAUUUUAAUUGUGAUUUUUCGAUAAAGAUUGUUAUGAAAAAAAUGGAAAACCCAAGCGAGAUUACUGAGGAACAGCCACCUACCACACACGACUACCAGCCGCGUCUGAACAAGGUGGCCCAAAAGUUUCUCGCAGAUUUGGAUGAGGAGCGCCAGCGUUUGUCCGCGGAGUUUCCACUUUGCGCACUGCUAAUCGACGAGGCUAGGGACCAUGUCUACGGCACUGGUCGUAUUCCAGGUAAGGAGCUCUACGCAGACGUGUACCACCAGAAACCGAUGAAGAUUAUCCAAAAGGUCUUCGUGCCCGUUAAACAGUAUCCCAAGUUUAACUUUGCUGGCAAAAUCCUGGGGCCCAAGGGGAACUCGCUGCGUCGCCUUCAGGAGGAGACCCAGUGCAAGAUUGUCCUGAAGGGUCGCAGUUCCAUGCGCGAUCGUAACAAAGAGGAGGAGCUGCGCAGCGACCCGAGAUAUGCCCAUCUUCACAAGAAUCUCUUUCUGGAGGUUAGCACGGUGGCCAUUCCGGUGGAGUGUUAUACCCGCAUGGCCUACGCCCUGUCCGAGAUCCGUAAGUAUCUUAUUCCAGACAAGAACGACGAGGUUUCUCACGAGCAGCUGCGCGAGCUGAUGGAAAUGGAUCCCGAGUCGGCCAAGAACUUUAAGGGACUCAAUCUGGAGGCCUACAGAUCUUUUAGCGACAACAGCAACUUGAUUAAGCCGGUUGUGGAAAAUCCGCCCGAAGUCGCCGAUAUGGAUGAUUUGGAUUAUGAUUAUGAUGAACAUCGUAUGCCCCCCAUUCAUCUGCCUAUGGGCUAUGAGUACAGCAUACCACGUCCAUCAUUAAUAGUUCCGAAAUUUAAACGUUCAUAUCCGUAUUCGACUGACAUGAAACAUGUGCCCGAACCGCCCAUAAAGUCCUAUAAGCCCAAUCCUGGUAUAGACACCUACGGUAUGAAAUCCAUACUGGGAGCGCAGUAAGAAAGCUGCAUUCAAAAUGAUGCAAUCAAUGAAGAAACAUUAACAUUUAUAAAAACGCAAUUUCCCACAAACAAAACUUUUAUAAUAUAACUUUCCCGAGUUCGUAAAAAAACGGAAAUAAAAUGAUACGCAUUGAAUGAA